AUGUCUCGAUUUUCCCGCUACGACUCCGACGAAGAGCGCCUCCCUGCGGGCAUGACCCGCGUUGGCUACGAUGCCGACACCCAAGUCUACACUUUCUCAGACAUGGACGGCAGCCUCUGGGUAUCCGCUCCGGGCAACCAGUACGGACGGCUGACGCGAGUCUCCGGGCCAACCCUCGCCGACGAUGCGAGCGACUCGGAGCCGUUCCUCGAGUCGCAGACGCCGAUGCCCAAGACGUCGUGGCGCCACGACAUGAUGCCGCUGCUCAACUUUGGCGUCCUGGUCGGGCUGUCGCUGCUGGUGCUCUUCUGGUUCAUCGGCCGCCGGGCGCCGGAGGAGGCGCUCGAGGUGGUCGUCAAGUGUCCCGGGCGCAGCGUCACGGCUGCGGCGGGCGAUUCGUGCUGGGACUUGGCCCAGGCGGAGGGCAUCAGCGUUGGCGAGAUUGAGGCGAUGAAUUCGGGGCUGGAUUGUGGCAAGCUUGCGGUUGGCUACGAGGUUUGUCUCUCGGUGUGA